AUGGAAGACGUUGUUUUAUAUUAUGAAGACGAACUGCUGCAGACCUUAGCGAGAAGCGUCAUACCGAUAGAAUGUGUCUCGGAGUCGGUUACCCGCAAAACUGGUUUAAAUCCUGCCGACGAAGAAUACAGGGAUAUUCUACUGUUGGAACUUCUUACGUGGUUUAAGCAGGACUUUUUUACAUGGACCGAUAAGCCUGCCUGUACACUAUGCACCGGAAACACUUCAUUUAGAGACAAUCUGACUCCAACGCAGGCUGAAAUGAUUAAUGGUGCCCAGCGCGUUGAAGGCUACCAGUGUGAGAACUGCCACACCAUAUAUCGUUUUCCGCGAUAUAAUAAUCCGAAAAAGUUACUGCAGACUCGAACUGGACGCUGUGGAGAGUGGGCAAACUGCUUCGCUUUGUGCGCCAGAUCACUGGGCUAUGAGGUUAGGUACGUAGUGGAUUGGACAGAUCACGUGUGGAAUGAGGUUUAUUCUGAAUACCGUAAACGAUGGGUACACUGUGAUCCGUGCGAAAGUGUUUGCGACAAACCGUUGCUUUACGAAAAUGGGUGGGGAAAGAAGCUGACCUACGCCAUUGCAUUCAGUCGAGAUGAAAUCGCUGACGUUUCCUGGCGAUAUUCGAACAACCACUUCGAAUUGUGGAAGCGUAGAACUGAAUGUCGCGAAGCAAACCUCAUAAAGUAUCUGAACUUCAAAAAUUUUAAAAAGCAGAUUUUGCUUUCUCCCGAAAGAAAGGCCAAGCUUAAGGAUCGAUUUGUCAGAGAACUUGUGGAACUAGUUUAUCCACGAACAACUGUUCUCGAAGGCGAAGACGUAGGCCGAUGUUCAGGUUCAUUGCAGUGGCGAUUGGAGCGUCAAGAAGUCACGCUUCCUCAGCUAAAUGACGUCCACGAGUUUGAGAUGUGCGACGACGAAUACGCGACAGGCGAGUUCGUACUAGAGUACUACUCGGCGUUCGAUGAGUACCGAUUGCCGAUGCGUUCAGUGAACAGCCGACUUAGCGGAUGGGAAACGGGCAUAUUCAAAGUGCGGAACAUCGCCAGGAAGGUUGAAGAAGACUGGAAAAUGAUUUAUCUAGCGAGGAAUAACGGGGCCAAAGAAGGAUUCCUCAUGUGGAAAUUCCGAUAUCUGAACCAGGCAGUGCGGGUGAAAAAAAUCUCUCUCAUGAUUGAGUCGGAAACAUUCGAAAAUGGCGCCGUCGCGGUGACUCUCGGCUGCGCCAGUUCGCAAGAAACUCUAAAAUGCAAUGAAAUGAAUGAAAUCUACCCUUCGUUCAGCGGACAUUGGUUCACGGUAAAGGCGGUUCUGUCCGGCGGACGAGGCCCCUGCGCAUUUCAGCAUGCUCAAUUGUUUCGGGUCGGUUUUCAGGCAACGAAGCCGUCACUAGUUCUGCACGUUUAUUUUGAACCUCAGUGCCUGCCUUGCUGA